GUUGGAGCUUUCAGCGCCACUACACGGCGAUACACGACGACGCGGCCUGGGUGAGCGGGCUCCUCUGAUCGCAGUCUUCUCUUGACAGUCUCUCCUGCCCCAGUUUCUGGCCUGCCAAGUCUGGACUCCACCAUUGAUCAUUCGAGACGCUGCCCCACCACUCACCACCACUGGCACCACCAUGAAUCUCGAGUUCGGCAUAGAGGUGCCUGGCGAGGCCAAUCCUCUCACCGAGGGGAUUCUUUUCCAUGUUCUACGCUCAGCAUCCUCCUCAGACCCACAGCAGGUCCAGACCGGCACCAAGCAGCUACAACAGUGGGAAAAAGCGCGUGGUUACUACCCACUGCUCCAGACGGUCUUCGUAGACAGGUCGCUGCCACUUGAGGUCCGCUAUCUUGCUAUCAUCCAGCUCAAGAAUGGCAUCGACAAGUACUGGCGCAAGACGGCGCCCAAUGCCGUGAUCAAAGAGGACAAGGCCACCAUACGGGCGCGUUUGCUCGAAAGCGCCGUCAAUGAGGCCGACUCGCGCCUGGCGCUGCAGAACGCGUUGGUAAUUGCGAAAAUCGUUAGAUACGAGUUUCCAAACGACUGGCCAGAGCUGUUCCAGCACCUGCUCCAGAUCCUUCGCGCCUCGACCGACCCGAAUGCCUACCGCUUGCAGCUACCUCGCGCACUCCUUGUCCUUCUAUACAUCGUGAAAGAGCUUUCGACCGGUCGUCUGACGCGCACGCGCCAGAGUCUGCAGUCAGUGGCGCCAGAGAUUUUCGCUGUUCUCGGCACAAUUUACGUGAACAAGGUACAGGCAUGGCAGUCGUUCUUCCGCGAUGGUGGAGACGACGAAGGCGGUGCUAUUGAGAGCAUUGAACACAGUCUGAUUGCCAUCAAGACCAUUCGCAGACUGCUUAUCGCAGGCUUCGAGUUCCCAGGUAGGGAGAAGGCUGUCCAGGAGUUCUGGACGCUCACUCGUACUCACUUUGGAGAAUUCUUUCAGUAUGUCUCGGCUGAGAACUCGCCGCUCGGAGAAAGCGUGCAGAAGCUGAUCGAAAAGCACUUGAUGCAGCUCUCCAAACUCCAUCUGAACAUGGCCCUUACCCACCCUGCCAGCUUCGUGAUGCUACCAAACUCUCUAGCCCUCGUGCGCGACUACUGGGGGCUACUUGCAAGACUAGGUGAGACAUGGGGCUCCAAGUCGUUAGACGGUGCGAAGAUCGGCACAGACGGCGACGCCGAAGAUGAAGCGCCCAUCAAUGAGCGACUCGGUUUGAAGGGUUUGCUAUUGAUACGCGCAUGCGUGAAAAUGGUCUUCUAUCCUACGCAGACCUUCAAGUAUAAGCAGCAGCAAGAGAAAGACGAGCGAACCCACGCAGUGCAGGCCGUCAAGCAGGAGCUCCUCACGGAUGACCUUGUGCGCGAGAUGAUCUCGACACUCGUCACACGCUUCUUCGUGUUUCGCCCAAGCGACCUGCGCAUGUGGGAAGAAGAGCCAGACGAGUGGGAGAAGAUGGAAGAGGGUGCGGAAGACUGGGAGUUCGCCAUUCGUCCCUGCGCCGAGAAGCUAUUCCUAGACCUCGCAAAGAAUUUCAAAGAUUUGAUCGUCCAGCCGCUGCUCCAAGUCUUUCACACCGUUGCCACACCGGACAACGAAGACAUCCUUUUCAAAGACUCCGUUUACACAGCUGUUGGUCUCGCUGCCGAUAUCCUACACGAUCAGCUGGACUUUGAUGCUUUCCUCGAGAAUACUCUCGUAGCGGAAGCAGGCAAGCAGAAGCCCGGCUUCAAUAUCAUCCGUCGCCGAAUUGCCAUCGUCAUAUCGCAAUGGAUUGCCAUCAAACUCUCUAAAGAGAAGAAGCCGAUUGUGUAUCAAAUCUUCCAGCACCUACUGGACACAAGCGACCCGCUCAACGACCAAGUUGUGCGCGUCACUGCUGGCCGGCGGUUCAAGGACAUUGCCGAUGAGUGGGAGUUCCAUGCUGACAACUUCUUACCAUAUGCACCGACUACCUUGGAGAGAUUGAUGGCACUGGUACAGGAGGUUGACCUGCCCGACACGAAGAUGGCGCUGCUCAGCACCAUCAGUAUUGUAGUCGAGAGGCUGGAGCAUCAUAUCACACCCUAUGCGAAUAGCAUUGUCUCUCUCCUCCCGCCUCUGUGGGAGCAGUCUGGCGAAGAACACCUCAUGAAGCAGGCCAUUCUUACUCUCCUAGCUCGCCUGACCAAUGCGAUGAAGGCCGACUCGCGCACCUUCCAUGUCUCUUUCCUGCCUAUCAUUCAGAGCGCCAUCGAGCCCGGGUCCGAGACUCAGGUAUAUCUCCUCGAAGACGCACUCGAUCUUUGGGCAUCGAUUGUGGCGCAAACACCAUCUGCACCAGAACCAACACCCCCAGAACUUCUCAAUUUGCUUCAAUAUCUGCUACCUCUCUACUCAAUGGACAACGAAACCCUACGCAAAGCCAUUGAGAUCACUGAAGCCUACCUGCUCCUCGCCCCCGCCGCCGUGCUGGCCGAUAAUUUCCGCCCCGCGCUGCUCCAAGCCCUGGCAGACCUACUCGGCAACCUCAAGCCCGAAGCAAACGGCGUCCUAACGCACCUCGUUCAAUGCGUGAUCCGCGGUGCCGAAGGCGUCGGCGGCGAGGCCGCCGUCCGCGUCCUAGCCCAAGACCUCAUCUCAUCCGGCUUUUUCGCCAAAGUGCUUGAUGGUCUGCACGGUGCCUGGUCCCACCACCAAUCACACGGCCCGUACCGCGAACUACCCUCGCGCGCUGUCGAUGGCGUCGUCGAAACCGACUACUUCACAGUGCUUGCGCGCAUCGGCCUCGCAGCGCCCUCAAUCCUGCUCGACGCCCUGUCCAGCGCCGCCCCCGACGGCCUCGAGAAGCAACUUGACUGGCUGCUCGAGGAGUGGUUCAGCCACAUCGAGAACAUCGGCGACGCGCCUAGCAAGAAACUUAUGACUCUCGUGCUGACCCGGUUACUCGAGACGGCGCAGCCGUGGGCCCUUGGUCGUCUGCAGAGUUUCAUGGCGCUGUGGACUGAUGUGCUGGCGGAGCUGCUCGAUGGCAUGGAUGAUCGUAGCGUGGACUCGCUCUACUGGCCCCCCGAGCCCUACAACCCCACCGAGCCCGAAGCCCCCGAGGACAUUCGCAAGCGCGAGCUUCUCUACUCGGAUCCUGUGCAUCAACUCAAUCUCGUCGCAUUCGUGCGUGAGCACAUCCAACAGGCGGUGCAGGCCAGCGGCGGCGAGCAAAGGUUUCAGGAGGAGUGGUUGGCGCGGGUGGAUAAGGAUGUGUUGAAGGGGUUUGGAGAGCUGGGGAUUAUGUGAGGGGGGUGUAAAAGGUGAGCGAGUGAGCGAUGGGUCACCCGUCUUCUGAGGUGAGGGUGGAGAUGAAGAAUUUAGAUAGCGAAUUACCGGAUUUACAGAGGGUCUGGUUCCUUCCCCUCAUCGGCGCAGAGCGAAGACAUCAUUCGUUCAAUCAUCAAGAUCCACUUCAGACCUUGCAACCGGCACCUGGAACCUCUUCCUUCCUGAUACGUACCAAUCCACAAGUGCACCGAGAAUCACCGCUCCCGUGACAGGGCCGGCGUAGUUCAUGUUGACCGCAUCCACAGGCACAAACGCCGGGAACGGCAGCCACACAAGCAUGAACCCGAGAUAACACAGAGCCGCCACAUUGACAGCCGGUCCGGCGCGACUCAGCCUGAAAGGACCCCAUGGGAUGGAGCUUGCAUGCGUCCUCGACAACCGCCGCAUCAGG